UCAACUUUUGACAUGUUAAGAACAAUAUGACUUUCAACUUUCUUGUAAUUCUGAGUUUGAUCUUUCCUCUUUCUUCCAUUUGCAAUGCUCAAGCUUCUUCUGUCUAUCAUCAGCACCAAGUUGAUUCUACAUAUCUGGUUCAUGACGGCAGUGAAAAUGGAGUGACAGAAAAUUUCAGACCAGGGAAAGGCCAAAACCUGUUGCAUAGGAGGCAUCACUUCAUGAGCAAUGUAAGCAUGAAUAUGACUUUGAGUUGUGUGAAUAUUUGACUGAGGCCAUUGAAUCAAUUACUGUAACUGCAGGCUCAUGGAGUUCUGAACAUCAUGGGAUGGGGAACUCUUUUGCCCAUUGGGGUUAUAAUUUCCAGAUACUUCAGAAAAUUUCCAUUGAAGUCUGAUGAAUGGCUCCCUCUCCAUGUACUAUGCCAGACUUCAGGCUACAUUGUUGGCACCAUUGGAUGGGGCAUUGGUUUAUGGCUUGGAAACUCCUCCAAACAUUACAACACCCCCAAAACCCAUCGAAUUCUCGGUAUCCUUGUAUUUACAUUUGCCACUGUACAAAUGUUGACAACGACGAUACUGCUGCAAGCAAGGAGAGAAGAUGAAUGGAGGAGGUGCUGGGAGAUUUACCAUCAUGUGCUGGGAUAUGCAGUGAUAGGCUUAAGUGCAGCAGAAAUAUUUCAGGGGAUUAUGCAUCAGAGUCAUGCUGGAAAAUGGAGACUGGCUUAUGUCGGAAUUCUUGCAGUGUUAGUUUUCGUUGCGUUUGCAUUGGAGAUUGUUAGAUGGAUCAUCAAGUCUAGAAUUCAACAGCAUUUGCCUUUUGAUAACAACUUGUACAAUCACACUUGAUUUUGCUUUCAUUUGGUUUCGGGAGUCCCACAACCUGUCUCCAGCCAAAUAAAUGGAAUACGGUCAUUCACUUUCUUG